UAUAUCAUUACUUACAUUGCUGGAUUAGGUGCCAUCUUUACUUUCUAAUCAAUAACUAUGGCAGAGAAUAACAAUGCAAACGUCGUUGCAGAGGAACAAAUCGUGCCGGUUGAAGACAAGCCCUGCACAGACAAAGAAGCCGGGGGCAGCGGCGGCGGCGAUGUCCCGGCAACAAAAAACAAAAACCCAUUUCUUGAAAUAAACAACUUGGACAAGGCGUUGGCGACAAUGACGCUGAUAUUCUCGAUCCCAAUAUUGGGGUUCAUCGUGUGGAUAUUCUACGUCAGAUACUCCGACUGCGAGAGCAUUCUGAAGCUGCCCAGUUUCCAGGUGGAGAUCGGCAUUGCCCUCAUAUUCUUGUUUCUGAUAAGCAACGGCGUCGUUUUCCUCAGGUCUCGCCACCCUGUUUUGGGGCUUCUCAUCGUCAUGGUGCCAUUGUUGUUGAUCUUCAUAAUUGGGCUUGCGCUUGUGGGAGCGUAUAAAAUGGAGAGCCGCUCCGUGGCCGCCUCCCCCAAGUGGCUCAGAUUGAAGGUCUUCGACGAAGCCCAUUGGCAGGACAUCAAAUCUUGUAUUUACGAUACCGGCGCCUGUGAUGAUUUGGUCUCCAGAACUCUGAUGCUUAAAUCCUACGACUUUAGUCUCAAGAAGCUGACCUCCAUUGAGGUAAAACAACAAUCCUCCUUAUACUCCGGGUGCUGCACGCCGGCAACAAUCUGCGAAAUGGAGUAUGUAAACGCAACGUUCUGGACGAAGAAGGAAGGGGUACCAAACCCAUCAAGCCCAUACGUAAGUGAGUGCAAUUUAUGGGACAAUGACAGAGGAAAUUUGUGCUACAAUUGCUUCUCCUGCAAAACAGGGUUUCUCAAAACUCUGCAGGCCAAAUGGUGGAAGCUCGGCGUUUUCCUCAUCCUUGCCUCUCUUUUACUCUUCCUCGCUCACCUCAUCUUGUUCCUCUCCUCCGUCGUCAAACAGUUCCGGAGUUAGCCUCACGACGGCCGCGCCGACACCCAUUUCCGGCCAGUUUUUGCGCUUUCGUUUUAUUGCUUUUUGCAGAAUUUUGCCUGUAUCAUUCUUUUUGAUUUCUCGUAAGCAUCCUUCUGACCUCCUAAUGUAUAUUUUCACCUCCUCAU